AUGGAUAACGAUACAUCAACAUGCUCUAUUAGAAGCAGUAGUGUUAAAGUCUAAAAAAUCUUUGAUUAAUAUAUGGCUUAAAUUGCUCCUUUACCAAACCUUAAUUCUAGUAAUAAAGAAAAUUCUUUCUCAAUCUCAAAUGAUUAACGUUCUAAUUAUCAUACAAGAAUUUAAACACCUGAUAAAACUACUUAAAGAAGCAAUUCACAAAUAUAAGCUUUACAAGCUUUGUAAAAAAAAAAUAUGGAACUAAAAACAGAGAAUGAGAGUUUGAAAGAGCAGUUAAAAAAUUAUUAAAAUUAACAAAGUACUAUAAAUGAAAUUAAUUCAAUUUACUAAAACCUAUAAUAGCAAUAUGUAGUGUUAGAUUUAGAUCAUAAAUAAUUAUUGCAAUCCUAUGAGUUAUAAUUAACUUAGUUAAAAUAAGAAAAGGAUUAAUAUAUUGAUGAAAUUAAUCGAUAAUAUAGAUGUUAAUUAGAAGAAAUGAAAUAAUAAAUGCAAUUUUAAAAUGAGCGAUAUAAAAAUAUAGAUGUAUGUAGAAAUGAUUAGGAUACUCUACUUUAGAAUGCUCUUGAAGAAUUGAGAAAAGAGAGGCAAAUGUUAAAUAAAUUAAAAUUAGAUUAGCGAUUAUAAAUAGAAGAUACUGAAUAAAAAUUUGAAAAAUAAUUACUGUAUUAAUAAAAACUAUAUCAAGAAAUGAAAAAUUAAAAUAUGAUAUUGACCAAAGAAAAGUAAGAUUAAUAGGAAUAAAUUAAGGAAUUAGAAAAAACUUAUAAGGAACUUGUAUAUCAUUAAAAAUAAGAAAUUUAAAAAUUAUAAAAGCAAUAUAUUGAUAUUAAGAGUUUCUUCGAAUCCUAAAUGCAAUAAGUAUAAGAAGAAGUUUCAUGUGCAAUGCAAGAACUAAGAAAUAAAAACUGUACUUAUCAUCAAUAAUUGUAAGAAUAAGAAUAAAUUAUAGAAGAUUUAGAAGAUUUAAAUAAAUAAUUAAAAUAAUAACUCCUUUUUAAAGACUAAGAAUUAUUAAAUUUAAAAUCUCAAUUAGAAUAAUUGUAAAUUCAGCACGAAUAGUUAAAAUAAAUGAAUGACGAACUUAUACAUUAAUUUAACCUUUAAAUAUAAGAUUUAUCGUAAAAGUUAGAAGUUGAAAGAUAAAAUUAUGAAGAAGAAUCAGAUUUAAAUGAAGAUGACAAAAAAGAAAUUUAUAAUGCUUUACAUAAUGAUAAGACAAUAUAAUUAACUACAUCACAUUCAUAAAAUGAUUUAUUAUCUUAAUAGCAACCUUAAACUUCAACAAGAGAUAUUGAAUAUAAAUUGUUACUUCAAUAAAUAAUUGAUGUAGAAAAAGAAGCUUUUAGAUUAAAUAAUAAUUAUUAAACAUUAUUCUAAUAGUUUUCCAAAAACAUUCAAUUAUCUGAAUAAUAGAAACAAAACAUUAAGUAAGAAAUGACUGAUUUAAUGUAAUAGAUUAGAAUAAAUAAUUCAAAAUUAUAUGAACUUAAAGCUAAAGAAUUCACUUACUUAACUUGA